UUUUGUGUCAACCAACUACCAAGUAUCAUCCGACGUUAUAGAAAUAAGAUAUGGUGGUUUGAGUAUAAUUAUUACUUUAUUAACAUUUUGUAUACUCUGUUCCACGAGAGAGUGUACUCGUUUUUUCGUCCGUCGCUGCGCAUCCCCCACCAUUUUCGCCCGUUCGGUUACGAUCGUCAACUGCUCGGCCCGGCGGUCGGCGGUCGGCAAUGACUCCUCUCAUGCGUAUGCGCCGCUGGACGGUAAAGAGUGGGAGAAAUUGGGGUUCCGCGCCGUGGGUGGCGUCAGUCGGCUGCGCGAAACAAGUACACUCUCUCGGGGAAUACACAAUCAUUCAUUAUCAUUUUGGUCUAACAUUGUCCCAUUAUUUUGUGUAACUUUGCUACCCGACGGCCGACGCAAAUAUUCUUUACAUUUUUUUGGCGUUAAGACUGUCAACUUUGAUUAUUGUGGCUUUUAAUUUUAUACCUAAACGUUUUAUUUGUUUAUUUUUGUAUUUUUCAACUAUAUGUCCACGCGCAAACCACGCUUUUGGUGAUUUAUUAAAUUGUUCUUUUCUUAAAACUAUUGUCUUCAGGUUAUUGAACAGCAGGUUCUUUCAAUUAUUAUAUUUAAUUGUAUUAAAAUCAUUCAAAGUGUUAAUUAAUUAAUAUUGUUCCUGACUUCAUUCCCACAACUUCAGAAGUGGGAUUCAAAUCAAUAACGCCACUCCAUCAACCUCAAAAUGGAUACGUCAGACUACGAUCCUUUCAAAUCUGACGAUUUGUCGUCGAUGACGCCACAGCAGAUUAAACACACCAUUCUGGGAUCGGAAAUCAUUACCGAAACCACCCUCGGCGACGGUAGCACUGUAUUACCAACACCGGAUGGUACUGGAGAAUGGAGAGUUUUAGUCUUUAAUGAAAAUAAUAGAGGUGUGCGCCAUGCAGUUCAAAAUAUCUCUCUAUUAGAAAUAAUGAAAAAAUAUUGUGAUAAAUAUGGUUUACCCAUAGAAAAGGUGAUAUUCAGAUUUGAUGGGAUGUCAAUUGGUGUCACUAGAGAUGUGUAAUUUUUUUACAAUUCGGUAAAUUGAUAAAUUUUGGAAAAAAAAUGUUUGGGUGUAAUUUUUGUUAUAUUUUCAAAUAAAUCUUACUUACCAAUUUCUUACCUUCUUU